CUUCAGCAGUUCCAUCUCGUGGAGAUACCAGUUGUCUCAGUAGCAGUCUCUGUCACGCUGUGACCUGCAGGUGCUGGGAGAUCUGUAGGGAGGACACCGGGACAUCUCUGAAGCUGGGAAAUGAAGGAGCAUUUGGGAACUUCAGUAUUUAAAACAUGACAAGGCAUACAGAAAAACUAGGGCAAUGGAUACUGAGGAACUGUUGACAUUCAGAGAUGUGUCUAUAGAAUUUUCUAUGGAGGAGUGGGACUGCCUGGAUUCUGCUCAGCAGAAUUUGUAUCGUGAUGUCAUGUUAGAGACCUACAGACACCUGGUCUUCCUUGGGCUUGCUGUCUCUAAGCCAGAGCUCAUCACCUGUCUGGAACAAAGGAAAGAACCCUGGAAGGUGAAGACUCAGCAGACAUUAGUCAAGCACCCAGUUAUAUUUAAUCAUUCUACCCAGACCAAUUUGCAAGUGCUCGGCAUGAAUAUGUUAUUACCAGAGAUAAUCCUGAGAAGAUACGAAAAAGAUACCCCUGAAAAUUUAAACUCAAUAAAAGACUGGGAUAGGCUGUGUGAGUAUAAUCAGCAGAAAGUAUGUUACAAUGGACUAAAUGAAAGUUUAACAGCUACGCAUGGUAAAAUCUACCAAUGUAGUAAGUGUUUUAAAGUUGUCAGAAAAUUAUCAAAUGUAAAUAGACAUAAGAUGAUAUGUACUGGGGAAAUAACAUUUGAGUGUAAAAAAUAUGGGAAAGCCUUAAAUCUAUGCUCAAACUUUGGUAAACAUAAGAUAACCCAUUUUGUGGAAAAGCAGUGUAAAUGUAAAAAAUGUUGCAAAGUUUUUCCAUCUUGCUCAAGACUGUCUAAGCACAGGGGACUUCAUACUGCAGAGAAAAUCUCCCAUUGUGGCAAGUGUCUUAGCCAUAGCUCAAAAUAUUCUAACUAUAAGACAAUUUAUAAUGUAGAGAAACCCUACACAUGUAAAGAAUGUGGCAAAGCCUUCAACAAUUACUCAAACCUUUCUGUACAUGAAAGAAUUCAUUCUGGGGAGAAACCCAACAAAUGUGAAGAAUGUGGACAACCCUUUCACCAAUACUCAAACCUUUCUUUACAUAAAAGAAUUUAUUCUGCAGAGAAAUCCUUCAAAUGUAAUGAAUGUGGCAAAUCCUUUAACCAGUCCUCACAUUUUUCUGCACAGCAAACAUUUAAUUCUGUGGAGAAACCCUACAAAUGUCAAAAAUGUGGCAAAGACUUUAACAAGUACUCAACCUUUUCCGUACAUCAAAGAUUUCAUACCAGAGAGAAACCCUACAAAUCUGAAGAAUGUGACAAAACCUUUAAACAGUACUCACACCAUACUGUACAUCAAAGAAUUCAUUCUGGAGAGAAACCCUACCAAUGUGAAGAAUGUGACAAAGCCUUUAACUGGUACUCAACCCUUUCUGUACAUAAAAAAAUUAAUUCUGGAGAGAAACCUUACAAAUGUGAAGAAUGUGGGAAAGCCUUUAACAAUUCCUCAACCUUUUCUGUACAUAAAAGAAUUCAUUCUGGAGAGAAACCCUACAAAUGUGAAGAAUGUGGAAAAGCCUUUAACCAGUACUCACAUCUUUCUGUACAUAAAAGAAUUCAUUCUGAAGAGAAACACUACAAAUGUGAAGAAUGUGGCAAAGCCUUUAAGGAUUCCUCAACCCUUUCUGCACAUAAAAGAAUUCAUUCUGGAGAGAAACCCUACAAAUGUGAAGAAUGUGGAAAAGCCUUUAACUGGUACUCAAACCUUUCUGUACAUAAAAGAAUUCAUUCUGGAGAGAAACCCUACAAAUGUGAAGAAUGUGGAAAAGCCUUUAACCGGUACUCACGCCUUUCUGUACAUAAAAGAAUUCAUUCUGGAGAGAAACCCUACAAAUGUGAAGAAUGUGGGAAAGCCUUUCAUGAUUCCUCAACCUUUUCUGUACAUAAAAGAAUUCAUUCUGGAGAGAAACCUUACAAAUGUGAAGAAUGUGGAAAAGCCUUUAACCGGUACUCAAACCUUUCUGUUCAUAAAAGAAUUCAUUCUGGAGAGAAACCCUACAAAUGUGAAGAAUGUGGCAAAGCCUUUUACUGGUACUCAACCCUUUCUGUACAUAAAAAAAAUCAUUCUGGAGAGAAACCCUACAAUUGUGAAGAAUGUGGAAAAGCCUUUAAACAAUACUCACAUCUUUCUGUACAUAAAAGAAUUCAUUCUGGAGAGAAACCCUACAAAUGCGAAGAAUGUGGCAAAGCCUUUAACCGGUAUUCAUACCUUUCUGUGCAUAAAAGAAUUCAUUCUGGAGAGAAACCCUACAAAUGUGAAGAAUGUGGACAAGCCUUUAACUGGUACUCAACAUUUUCUGUACAUAAAAGAAUUCAUUCUGGAGAGAAACCCUACAAAUGUGAAGAAUGUGGAAAAGCCUUUAAGGAGUCCUCAUCCCUUUCUGUACAUAAAAGAAUUCAUUCUGGAGAGAAACCCUACAAAUGUGAAGAAUGUGGGAAAGCCUUUAACAAUUCCUCAACAUUUUCUGUACAUAAAAGAAUUCAUUCUGGAGAGAAACCCUACAAAUGUGAAGAAUGUGGGAAAGCCUUUAACAAUUCCUCAACAUUUUCUGUACAUAAAAGAAUUCAUUCUGGAGAGAAACCCUACAAAUGUGAAGAAUGUGGAAAAGCCUUUAACCGGUGCUCACAUCUUUCUUUACAUAAAAGAAUUCAUUCAGGAGAGAAACUCUACAAAUGUGAAGAAUGCGGGAAAGCCUUUAACCGGUACUCAACCCUUUCUGUACAUAAAAGAAUUCAUUCUGGAGAGAAACCCUACAAAUGUGAAGAAUGUGGAAAAGCCUUUAACCGGUACUCAAACCUUUCUGUACAUAAAAGAAUUCAUUCUGGAGAGAAACCCUACAAAUGUGAAGAAUGCGGGAAAGCCUUUAACCGGUACUCAACACUUUCUGUACAUAAAAGAAUUCAUUCUGGGGAGAAACCUUACAAAUGUGAAGAAUAUGGAAAAGCCUUUUACGAUUCCUCAACCAUUUCUGUACAUAAAAAAAUUCAUUCUGGAGAGAAACCCUACAAAUGUGAAGAAUGUGGCAAAGCCUUUAAUGGGUGCUCAACCCUUUCUGUACAUAAAAGAAUUCAUUCUGAAGAGAAGCCCUACAAAUGUGAAGAAUGUGGCAAAGCCUUUAACUGGUACUCAACCCUUUCUGUACAUAAAAGAAUUCAUUCUGGAGAGAAACCCUACAAAUGUGAAGAAUGUGGAAAAGCCUUUAACCGGUACUCAAACCUUUCUGUACAUAAAAGAAUUCAUUCUGAAGAGAAACCCUACAAAUGUGAAGAAUGUGGCAAAGCCUUUAAUAAUUCCUCAACACUUUCUGUACAUAAAAGAAUUCAUUCUGGAGAGAAACCUUACAAAUGUGAAGAAUGUGGAAAAGCCUUUAACUGGUACUCAAGCCUUUCUGUACAUAAAAGAAUUCAUUCUGGAGAGAAACCCUACAAAUGUGAAGAAUGUGGAAAAGCCUUUAACCAGUACUCAACCCUUUCUGUACAUAAAAGAAUUCAUUCUGGGGAGAAACCUUACAAAUGUGAAGAAUGUGGAAAAGCCUUUAACGAUUUCUCAAACAUUACUGUACAUAAAAAAAUUCAUUCUGGAGAGAAACCCUACAAAUGUGAAGAAUGUGGCAAAGCCUUUAAUAAUUCCUCAACACUUUCUGUACAUAAAAGAAUUCAUUCUGGAGAGAAACCCUACAAAUGUGAAGAAUGUGGAAAAGCCUUUAACUGGUACUCAAACCUUUCUGUACAUAAAAGAAUUCAUUCUGGAGAGAAACCCUACAAAUGUGAAGAAUGUGGAAAAGCCUUUAACCAGUACUCAACCCUUUCUGUACAUAAAAGAAUUCAUUCUGGGGAGAAACCUUACAAAUGUUAAGAAUAUGGAAAAGCCUUUAACGAUUCCUCAACCAUUUCUGUACAUAAAAAAAUUCAUUCUGGAGAGAAACCCUACAAAUGUGAAGAAUGUGGCAAAGCCUUUAA